GAACCUUCUGCAGUUUCUCUUCUUUUCUGCCCUGGUCUCUCUCUCCUGACACUGAGUCGCCCCCCGGUUGCUAAGGACACGGGCCCCGGGACCCCCUCAGCCUUCUAUAUCGGCCGACUCCGCCCCCGCCGCACUCCCAGAAGCCUCAGGCAGUUCCAGCCUCUCUUUCCCUCGCUCACACACAAACAUCCGCCCACAAAGGGGCAGGGCACGGGCAGCCAAUGAGCAGCGAAUCCCGGGGGGCGGCAGUCGUACGUCACAUCCGGAGCUGUCACAGGACAGCGAGAACAAGGACGCGCCGGGGAGAGAGAGAGACCGGGGGAGCCAAAUACUGAUCCCGGAAACCGGUCUCCCGACACGAGGGAACGGAAUUCUCAGCAGUGUAGAAAAAAAGACAGAACCAGAAUGACCAGGGAAACGUCUUCUGACAGCGCCUCAUUGGCCAAGAAACGAUAAGAUGUUACUAUUCCAGGAACGGAUUAUUAUGGGACUCUGAAUUCCUUUUGUUUGGUCUCAGCAACCUGAACUGGACAGCUUGAGAAUGGACGCUAUUGGACCAGGAGGGCUUUUAUGGUACAUGGGAAUGUCGCCCAGCAGGAACUGUCUGUUGAGCCCACGGCAACUUUCUCAUUCCUGUGCUGAAUGGGCCCCGGCUGCCUCCUGCCAUCUCCUAAGUUCCCCUUUAAAAUGCUGAUGUUUGCUGAAUUCUGCCAUCUGAUUCUAGAGAAACUGAUUUAUAGGCGACUGGACUAAUGAAGCUUUCAAAGAAGUAAAGACCGAUUAACUAUGUGAUGGUUUCGGGCCAGACUUGCUAUGUCCACCAUCAUGGUAGACACAAACAGCGAGUUGUGCAUUUUGACCCCUUUGGACGAGGAUGAUCUAGAGAGUCCGCUGUCGGGAGAGUUCCUGCAGGACAUUGUGGACAUUCAGGACAUCACUCAGACCAUUGGGGACGAUGGCUCAACACCUUUUGGUGCCUCCGAGCAUCAGUUCUUCGGAAACAGCCCUGGGUCGAUCGGAUCUGUCAGCACUGACCUUACAGACACCUUAUCUCCCGCAUCUAGUCCGGCUUCCAUCACCUUCCCUGCGGCUUCGGGUAGCGCAGAAGACGCGGCCUGUAAGUCUCUAAACCUCGAGUGCCGGGUGUGCAGUGACAAGGCCUCUGGGUUCCAUUAUGGAGUUCACGCUUGUGAGGGGUGCAAGGGCUUUUUCCGGAGGACGAUCAGACUCAAGCUGGUGUACGACCGGUGUGAGCGAAUGUGUAAGAUACAGAAGAAGAACCGCAACAAGUGCCAAUACUGUCGCUUCGAAAAGUGCCUUAAUGUUGGAAUGUCCCACAAUGCAAUACGAUUUGGGAGAAUGCCACGGUCGGAAAAGGCGAAACUGAAAGCGGAAGUCCUAAUGUGUGACCAGGAUGUGAAGGAUACGCAGAUGGCCGACCUCCUCUCACUCGCCAGGCUCAUUUACGAUGCCUAUCUAAAGAACUUCAACAUGAACAAAGUUAAAGCCAGAGCCAUCCUGACGGGGAAAGCCAGCAAUCCGCCCUUUGUUAUACACGACAUGGAAACGCUGUGCAUGGCGGAGAAAACAUUGGUUGCGAAGCUGGUGGCCAAUGGCAUCCAGAACAAGGAGGCGGAGGUGCGGAUCUUCCACUGCUGCCAGUGCACCUCAGUGGAGACGGUCACAGAACUGACAGAGUUUGCCAAAUCCAUCCCAGGCUUCACCGAGCUGGACCUCAAUGAUCAAGUGACUUUGUUAAAAUACGGGGUCUACGAGGCCAUGUUUGCCAUGCUGGCGUCUGUGAUGAACAAAGAUGGGAUGCUGGUGGCAUACGGGAACGGUUUCAUUACGCGGGAGUUCUUGAAGAGCCUAAGGAAGCCGAUCGGGGACAUGAUGGAGCCGAAGUUUGAGUUUGCCAUGAAGUUCAACGCAUUGGAGCUGGACGACAGUGACCUAUCUCUGUUUGUAGCAGCACUCAUUUGCUGUGGAGAUCGCCCCGGAUUGGUGAACAUUCCCAGUAUAGAGAAAAUGCAGGAGAGCAUCGUCCAUGUCCUUAAACUCCACCUCCAGUCAAAUCACCCUGACGACAGCUUCCUCUUCCCUAAACUGCUGCAGAAAAUGGCCGACCUGCGGCAGCUGGUGACGGAACACGCGCAGCUCGUGCAGACCAUCAAAAAGACUGAGACAGAUGCCGCCCUCCAUCCGUUACUGCAAGAAAUCUACAGGGACAUGUACUGAGAGCUCGUUGGUUUUCAUGCUAUAUAUAUAUUUUUUUCGGUUUUCUGUAUGGGAGCAAAAUCUGCAGAAUUAGGGUUUUUUUCCUGUGCCUUCUCCAGCUGCAGUGACACUUCUGACAAUGUGCACUACAGUUCCUGCUGCGAAUGUAACAGACAAUCUGCCGGGGUGGGGGGGUGACACUACACAACCACGACAUUUGGAUUAGAAUAUUUACAACUAUUAUUUUUAUGCAAUUUGACUGAAGACGAGUUUUUUAUGGCGUAAAUACUGUACAUCGACUCUCCAUGUGGCGUCAGUGUUGAGGCGACCGUCCAAAAGUUUUUAAUCCUGUUUGUAAAUAGCAAUUUCCGAUAAGCUCCGAUGGCGGCUUCAUUAAGCGCCUCCGCUGAAUGUACAAAGGGUACUAUCUGAAGAUGAUGUUUUGAUUGGGUAACAGGAUCUGCUUCACCCUCCCCCUUAAAUACUACAAUUUCUACUUUUUCCGUAGUCAAAUGAUGUUGGAAGGCUUCACAGCUGCACAUUAUUCGAAUUGUGUCCGGGCGUAUGGUUGCUGAAUCCUAUUGGUGUAAUAAGGGAGGAUUUUUGCCAGUAUACCCAUAUUUUAGAUGAUUUCCGUUAAAGGAACAGGGAUCUUUUGCACAUGAGGUGGAUUGUUUUUAAAGGGAAAAUGUACCUUAUUAAUAUAAUUUCCUUGAAAUGUUUAAUCGGGAAACUGCGGCGAAGGUGCACGCAGUGUCCAAUUGUGUUCAGUAAUAUGUGCGGUAGCUGCCAUACUGUGUGCUCCGAUAAUCACCAAUGCAGCAGCUUAGAAGGGAUGUUGGUCGGUAUCCAUAUCAACCAGGUAAUUGUUUAAAUGCCAAACCGGGAAACCAUAAAACAGGAAUAAAUGAACAUAACAAAAAAAGUUUUCAAAGAUUUCAAGGUAGAAAAAGAUUUUGGGGGUUUGGGCUGAAAACCAUUUGCUCCGCUAAUCCUGUUUGCUAGCUCAUAUGCACAACUGACUGUCACUGUCAAAGAACUUAGAAGGAGGCUGCUUGAAUACCACUUUGCGCAAGCCACUUCCUAUUUCGAGUAUUCAUGAAUAUUUUGACUCCAUUAGUAAUUGCUCCUAAUGAACUGCUUCUUCCAGAAUCCCGAGACUGGCGGGGGUGGCAGUUGUCAUGCAAAUUGACUCCAGGGUUAUUGAACCAUCCUUAUUUCUGAAUUUUCAUAAACGAAAUUUCUGAAAUUUUUCCUAAUUUCGUUUGGGAAUCUUCGGCGAAUCAUCGAAACCUCAAUAAACUAAAGAUUGGGGGGAAAAAAGACAGGAAUUUAUACUAUUUUAUUUUUGGAGGAAUAUAUUUUUUGGAUGAAUUUUAGAUUUUAUGGCUAUGAACCACUAUCGUAUGAAUGAACAGAAGAGAAAAACUAUUUUCUGAUGUUGUCGGGUUACUUAUUAUUUUUGAAAUGACUCGCCACUUCUAUUUUCAGAUAAUCUUGGAUGGAUGAAUUUGGACUGUAUUUAUACCAAAUGCACUGCUUAUCACUUAGAAAUGGUAUUUUGUUCUCAGGGAUCACCUUUUUUGUCAAUUCUUGGUGUUUUUUUGGCCUAGUUUUUAAGCUUCAAUGUUUCUCGUCCGUCAAACAAGCACCUUCAUGAGAUGUUCUGAAUGUUUCUGUGAUCUUCUAAGUCACAAGCUGCUUUAGAAAAAUUUGUCUUUGAUAAAUCUGUUUUCCGGUAA